CUGGAAUAAUUAGCUGCCUUGUGUACAGGAUGCAGGAUGCUUGAAGUUUCUCCUUUAUAUCUGGCAAACUCAAGGUCAAAGCUCUGCAGAAUGAAUCUUCACUGAAACCACAAAGGAAGACACCAGGCUACAAAAUUUGUCUGGAAGUGGGAAAUGUUUCCAAAUGGGGAAGAAUUAGAGUCGGCAUGACCUGACCUCUUCUUUCAGGGACGAGAAUCACAGUUUUGACUGAAGAAAAACAGACGUUUCCCAAAAGAAUAAGCCGCAUUUUCUCAGUGCAUGUGGUGAAUUUUGCUGGAACUCACUAUAAAUUUGCAGUCUUUCUCUCCCUCUACCCCCCCCCCACCCCACAAUAAAAAGAUGGAACACUGAAAACACUACACAUCAUCAUUGGUCAGGCCUCAAUCACUGAAUGGUUUUCCCGACGUGGAGUUUGAAGUUACUGUUCUCGACCACACUGCAGAAAGGAGCUUUCAAAAGCCACAAAGGACCUAAUUCAAGUCACAGCUGUGGAAAACAACAAAAGAGGUCUAUAUGUGUCAGCUUUUUAAUAUAAAGUGAAGAUUCAAAGGAAGCAAAGCACAAUUCCCAAACAGUGAGAGGAAGUUAAAGGAUUUCUACAGGCAGAGGGGGUUUUAUAUUGAUUAUCUGGCAAUCAUAGACCUUUGCUGGCAUGUUCACUGAAAGAUCCUGGAAAAGUCAGGUGGUCUGGAACACAAACCGGGAUCAGUUGUGUAAACAUCAAGACGACGGGAAAUAACUACUGUGCUGGAGGAACUAAACAGGAGAGCUCCCCAGAGGAAAAGGAAGUACAGUACCAUCUGAACAUGCUAAAUUUGAUGUUCAAAUUUGUUUUUUCUUUGCAAGCACAAGAUUUUCUGGAAGCCCCCACAGAUGGAGACUGUUGCAAACUAGAAGACAAUCGUCAGCCUGAAGUUCUGAUCUGAAGAUAAAGACACCAAACCGUUUUUCUGGAAGGAAGCUAUUCCAUAGAAAUUGAAAUACGGUUUCAGGAAUCAAAUGGGCUACAGAAUAAACAUGUCGUCCUUAAAGCUGAUCUACAAAAUCUGGAGCUUCUUCUUGUUGACUGAGACAGGAAUGUUUCUGGGUUUAACACAAGCCACCACCGCAGACCCCUGUCCCUCAGUUUGUCGGUGUGAUGCAGGCUUUGUAUAUUGCAAUGACCGAGGUUUGACGUCCAUACCUGUCGGAAUUCCAAACGACUCCACCACCCUCUUCCUGCAGAAUAAUCGAAUUAAAAAUGCUGGAAUUCCAUCAGACCUCCUGAACUUACUGCAGGUGGAAACCAUUUACUUGUACAGCAACAAUUUGGACGAGUUUCCUACCAACAUACCAAAAUACGUUAAAGAACUGCAUUUGCAAGAAAACAAUAUAAGAACGAUUACCCUUGAAUCACUCGCCAAAAUACCCUACCUGGAAAAACUACAUUUGGAUGAUAAUUCAGUCUCGGCUGUUAGCAUCGAAGAAGGUGCUUUUCAGAGCAGUAAAUAUCUAAAAUUACUUUUUCUGUCGAGGAAUCACCUGAGCAGCAUACCCCCGGGACUCCCCAAAACUACUGAGGAGCUACGGCUAGACGACAACCGUAUCUCUAGUAUUUCGGAAGAUGCCCUCAAAAGUCUUACUGGCCUAAAACGCUUGGUGUUGGAUGGAAACCUGCUGACUAAUCGAGGGCUUGCAGAUGAAGUUUUUAUGAACCUCGUGAACCUUACGGAGCUGUCUCUUGUCCGCAACUCACUCAAUUAUCCACCAAAUCUACCUGGAGCAAACCUACAAAAACUCCAUCUCCAAGAAAAUCACAUUAAUCGCAUACCAUCCAAUGCCUUUUCGGAUCUAAAGGAAUUAAAUCGGCUAGACUUGUCUAAUAAUAAUUUGAGUAACUUGCCUCAGGGAAUCUUUGAUAGCCUGGACAACCUGACUCAGGUAUUACUGCGCAACAAUCCCUGGUACUGUGGCUGCAAAAUGAAAUGGGUGCGUGACUGGCUCCGCAGUCUUCCAACUGGGGUUAACGUGCGUGGACUAAUGUGCCAAGCGCCUGAAAAGGUCAGAGGCAUGGCCAUUAAAGAUCUGGCGGUUGAGAUGUUUGAAUGCAAAGGUGUUACAUCAGAAGACACUUUCACCUCCAUGCUAACCAGCACCGUAAGUUCUACCCAGUUAGCUACCAUCCAGCGCCAAUGGCCUUCAUUUGGGACAAAACAACCAAUGGUGAGAAAAACAGACCGAAAGAAGUACAACCAUCCCACAGCAGUCCCAGGAACAGCCGUCAGAAUUCGCAUAAAAUCUGUAAGCAUUGAUACCAUUCAAAUCACCUGGAGGGUUUCUCUGCCUAUGACAGCGCUGCGCCUCAGUUGGCUUAAGAUGGGACACAGACCUUCCCUGGGAUCCAUUACAGAAACUAUAGUACAUGGGGACAAAACAGAAUACUUACUCACAGCCCUUGAACCAGAGUCGUCCUACAGAAUAUGUAUGGUUCCCAUGGAAACCAGCAAUGUCUAUCUGUUAGAUGAGAAACCAGUCUGCGUAGAAACACAGACUACUUCCUCCAAGAUGCACAAUCCCACCACCACUCUCAACAGGGAGCAGGAGAAGGAGCCUUACAAAAACACAAGCCUCCCUUUGGCAGGCAUUAUAGGGGGCGCAGUGGCAUUGGUAAUAAUUGCUUUGCUUGCAUUAGUUUGCUGCUAUGUGCACAGAACUGGAACCCCUUUUUCAAAGACUUGUGCAUACAAUAGGGGCCGGAGAAGGAAGGAUGAUGAUUAUGCAGAGGCUGGAACUAAGAAGGAUAACUCCAUUUUAGAGAUUAGAGAAACUGCCUUUCAGAUGAUCCCAAUGAACAGUGAGCACGCAGCAAAGGAGGAGUUUGUAAUACAUACUAUAUUUCCCCCAAACGGAAUGAGUUUGUACAAAAACAACCAUAGUGAAAGCAGCAGUAGCAACAGAAGCUACAGAGACAGUGGAAUACCAGAUUCUGAUCAUUCACAUUCAUGAUAAUUACAGGAACUGUUGACUUUGAAAUUAAGUUACUGCAGAAGUGGCUGUGCAAAACACUGGAUUUAGAAAAACUGGAGGAAAAAACAAAAACAAAAUGUACAUUUGCCAUAUAAUUUAUAUUUAAUGAACUUUAUAUUAAAAGUUGAGGAAUUCAGGUGAUUAUUGCUGAUUGUGCAGUAUGGCUACCUGACCAUUGAUCACAAUUCUCUAUUUUAGUAAUUUCUAGUAAUUUGUAUUUUUCCUUUGAUAAUCUUAAAAAGGUUUAAGCGAUUGAAAUUUCAUGUUCUAUUGACAAGACUGCUCGUUGACUGUGAAAGUGGGUUUUCUAACAGUGUUGAACGUACAGAGACCUUUUUUUUUAGCCAAUUUAAGAACCUUGUAGUUUAAGCACAGUUCCUUUUCCUAGUUAUUGAAGGCAGAUGUUCUGCAGAUAAAUGAUAUACGCGGCGAAGACAAUUUUAAUUCAGGACGUAAUAAGGAAAUUAGUAGUUUGUUCCUGCCCGAAUAUGUUGCACAGAGACAACCAUAUAUCCAAAGAGGAAUGUGGCUGUAGCAUCUCUUCAUUCCAGCUUGUGGUCUACAUUAUCUGCUAUUUCCAUUUAGAGUUUGAGCCACUGACUUCUUUGUUGCCACAAAAGGUACUUUUUAAAAUGAAAACCAAAGUGCAAUGUUAGCCCUUUGGCCAGUCUUGUAUGUGCCUUGACCAAACAUUGUAUUCAGCAUUUAAGAUUCGGUGAUUUUUUUUCAUACACAUGUGAAUAAGAAAAAUGUGGUCUUUCUGCAGAAUAAAACUGAACAAAAUGAA